CACUCACAUUCUUGACGAAAUCCACAUUCGCCGGCAGGAGCCAUCCCCCCAACCCACCAUCGCCAGCUCAGUACAACCCGGCCGUUCGGAUUCCAUCUCACACCAUCCACAAUGGCCGUCCCACCCAAGUUCGCGGCCCACAAGCUCACAUUCGGACCUCCUAAGUCCCUCGCCGAUGGCAACCCGGCAGGCGGCGUCCCUUCGCAAGCCCACACGCUCGAGCUCUACCUCGACUACGUCUGCCCAUUCUCGGCGAAGCAGUUCAACACAUUCUACAAUGACGUCGUGCCCGCCGUCCGCGCAAACCCAGCUUGGGCGUCCAACCUUGAGGUCAUCUUCCGCCAGCAGGUCCAGCCGUGGCACCCGUCGAGUACGCUCGUACACGAGUCGGCCGUCGCCGUGAUCAAGGUGGCGCCGCACAAGUUCUGGGAGUAUAGCGAGGCGCUCUUCAAGGCGCAGAAGGACUACUUUGACGCAAACGUCGUCAACGAGCUGCGCAACGACACGUACCGACGUCUGGCCAGGCUCGCGGGCUCCGUGGGCGUCGACGAGGACGAGAUGCUGCGGCUACUGCUCGUGUCGGACAAGCCCGACAGCGAGGGCGCGCUCAACGUCGGCAACGGCGUGACCAACGACUUCAAGGUGCUCAUCAAGCUCGCGCGGCUGACGGGCGUGCACGUCAGCCCGACGGUGCUGUUUGAUGGGUACCCGAACAACGAGAUCAGUUCUGGCUGGACACCGGAUCAGUGGAAGGAGUGGCUGCAAAAGAAUAUUGUCUGACUGGAAGGCCCGCGAGAUGCAAUCCGGGAGCAUCGGCUCUGAGGAAGAACGAUACCUACAACCACACUGUACUUAUGUGUUAGUGGUCACCUGGCAGGCUAUAGAAUGGGGGUACUACCUAGGCCCUGACGGGUUCGGCGGGUCUCCAGUCGCGUCUAGUCCGGAACAGUCCGCAAUUGAAAACUUGCAAGAUCAAAUCCCC